AUGGACGUAUCAGAGCUCUUGGAAGCUACUUCCUCCAAGCAGUAGGUCCCUGAGCGAUGUCAGAUCCUACGGCCCAGGUUCUGUAGCUGACGGUGCGACUGAAUGCUCACCGUCGCUUCUCGCAGACUGCCGAUCCAGGUCCCCAAGGAGAUCCCCGUCGAGAUCGACCUCGGACUCAUGGCCAUCCUGGACCCCAACCCCAUCGAGGACGAAGUAUACAAGUAGGUCAAGCUCCGUCCCACCCUUUCCGUACCCAGCCCUUCCCCCGAGCGACGUUCCCGACUCGCUUUCACAACCCGAAGCUGAACUGACCACCGCUCUCUACACCUCCCAGGAUGGAUCGUGAACAGACGCUCCUUUCGCACGCGAGGGACGGCAUUCAAUUGCUCGUGAACGGGAUUUGGAACCAACCGACGCGAUUGGUCGAUGAUGGAGUCGUGGCCGACUUACCUCCGAUUUCGACUGAACUUCCUCGUGAGAAGCCUGUCAGUUUUAACACCUUCCUAUUUAUCGCUUGCCCAGUUGAGCACGAUCACUGAUCAUUCAUUGCUCAACACAGUUGCCCAAAGCCAAAGCCAUGACGAAAUGGCAAGCGUUCGCAACGGCCAAAGGAAUUGCCCCCAAGCCCAAGAAGGAUCGGAUGGUCUUUGACGAGGAGAAGCAGGACUGGGUCCCGAGGUGGGGUUACAAGGGCAAGAACAAGGAGUCGGAGGAUCAGUGGAUCACCGAAGUGCCUGAUUAUGCCGGUAAGUCUCGUUUUAAUUUGGUUUGGUGAUUGUACUCGUAGCGGGUAGCUAACGAAUCUUCUCCCUCUCGCUCGACCUCGACCUCGACCUCAUCAGACAACUCCUUCGACCCCGUCGCCAACUCGAAACAAGAACGCACCGCCCGCAAAGCUAAGAACGAGACGCAACGUCUCAAGAACAUGCAACGCGCCGCCGCGAACGCCGCGACCCAAGUCGCGACGAACCAAGCCAAUGCGAGCGAGCGCGAGAAGCGCAAGGUGCAACUCGAACGAGAACUCAAGAUCACCAAGAAGGCGACCGCGAGUAUGGGCAAAUUCGAUGCUCAACUCAAAGGGGAGAAUGCGGAGAAGAACGUCAAGCGAAAGGUAUGUCUGGCAUCGAAUUGCUGAUCCGCUUAGCUGAAACCUGAUCAAAUUAUCAUGGAUCCCUCCUCCUGAAGUUCGACCCUAACGAAGUCGACGCCAAAGCCGAACGCAACAAGGCCAUGUCGAUCCUCACCAAGAUCGGAGCCACGCCUUCGAACAAGCGUACCAAGGUUUCGGACGAUGCCCCGACGGCGGGCAAGGACGUUUCGGCGGGUUCGAUGAUCAACGAGCGCAAGGCGAUCAAGCAGUUGACGGGUGGUCAAGGGGCGCUGUCCAUGGGACAGAGGGGAGGACGAGGUGGGAAGGGCGGUGGAAGGGGUGGAGGCAGGGGUGGUCGAGGGCGAAAGUGA